AUGGAUUUUGCAUCUUCUUCAUUGUUCACACUAGAUUUUGCCUGUGAAAAUGAGUUAGAUUUCUCGAGUUUGCUCACUCCUCCAACGUUUAUAUCGUUCCAAGAACCUAUUAAUCCAUCUUACCCGAUCGUUCAUUGUGCCAAUAUUGAAAACGAUGGAAGACAAAGAAUCUACGAGACGGCCAUGACAAAAGAAGAAGAUGAGCCGAAGAACAAGAGAGCGAAACAUAGAGAGAUUGAGAGACAAAGAAGGCAAGAAGUCACGUCUCUUUUCAAGAAUUUAAGAUUCAUAUUGCCAUUUCAAUACAUUAAGGGUAAACGUUCUUCAUCAGAUCACGUUCAAGAAGCUGCGAAUUACAUCAAAGACUUACAGAAGAAGAUCGAAGAGGUCACUGAUAAAAGAGAUCGACUCAAGAGAUCCAUCACUGAUCCAUCUUCAACAGAAGAGUGUUCUAUACAAUCAUUAUCACCAUCACCAUCACUAAACUGUUCUUGUGUUGGAGAAACACACAUUGAUGUCGUGGUCAGGACCUGUUUGCUUGGUAUCGAGAUCGUAGCAAGUUACUGUUUCAGAAAUAAAUCUUGCCUCUCAAGUCUUCUUCAACUUCUCGCUCAAGAACAAUACCUUCAUGUUGUUGAGAAUGGCAUAGAGGUUAACUUAUCGGAGCUCCAAGAAAAUAUAGUAUUAAUGGGAAUAUCGUAG